UUUGAAAGAAUGCCUCCGAAGAGCAAGAAGAACUCCAAGUCAAAGGCUUUCUCUCAUUCAGAUGCAGCAAGCCCAUCUCCUCACAGCAGUUCAUCCUCAUAUUCGAAUCCGAACCCAGGUUAUAAUGAUGAAGAUGAUGAACAAUUACUAUUGCGCUCACUAGAAGAGAUUUCUACCAAAUACCCUUCUUUUAUUGGUACUUCUGCUCUGAUUUGUCGACUCAUUGAAGAUCCUUCUGGUGGAAUUGAAUCCAAAGGGUGUAAAAUAUGGCUGUCAGAAGCCUCCAUGGUUGCUUCUUCUAUCACUCCUGGUUCCAUUGUAUCUGUCUCACUUGCUUCUUUAAGGAAAGACAUCCCUGGGUACUCUCUUAGUUCAUUGGCGGAUGAAUGCGCCAGGCAUUAUGGAUUCAAUGAGAAAAUCGCCAAGGAAAUAGGGAACUACUUUGUUCUGGCUACAGUUUUUCCUUCUUGUAAGGUUUCGAAAAAUGGUGUGCGAUUAUCUUCCAGCCUCUCCUCUGCUAUGGGUUAUCCAAUUUCUGACAGGAUACUUUUUGUUUAUCCUGUCAACAAUGGGAAUAAGAUAGGACACAACUCGGCAGUUGAUUCCUUUUCAAUAUACAGGUGCAAAGACCUACAUUUAUUGUUGGUUUCUUCGAAGAGAAGCAUUAGUACAAAAAGUAAUAAACCGUCUCACUUUGAGUUCUCAUCUGAACACAAUGGUCAUAUUGAAAACGGAAAUAUUUCAUCCCCCAAAACACCAUCAUUGUCUCGAUCAAGAUUAAGUUCUCCCUGUUCUAGCCGACCGACUUCACCAAGACAUACAGAGUCAGUGUUGAACUCGUUUAAUCCAUCCUUUGAUUCUUUUAAUAUAAGAGAAGUCUUAGAGGAUGAUGUUGGAAAGAAGCUUCUUCAGACUUGCACUGUGUCACUUCUUUAUUCCCGUCAUUUACUUUGUGGAAACCUUGUGGUAGUUCCAAUUCUUUCAGAGCUUUGCCUUUUCAAGGUAGUAGGUGCUGAAAAAGUACCCGAACUUGGUAAUAACGGGGAUGUGGAGAGAAAAAGUGAUUCAUAUCUGCGAACUUCAGAUGUAUCCAACUAUACAACUGAUGCUUUUCUGGUAGGCCAUGGAACAAAAGUUCAGCUAUCCUUGGGAUUGAGUUCUGAGCCGGAAACUUCUGAGAAAACAUAUAUUGAUAUAUAUAGCAAGGAUAGCAACGAUAAUAUAGAAGUCAAUAUUCCUAAAUUGGGUGGCCUGUCAAAGGAAUAUUCCAUUUUGAAGGAUAUCAUUAUUUCAUCAUCCGUUAAGAACACUCUGUCAAGCAUGGGUUUACGUCCAACAAAAGGAGUGCUGCUUCAUGGUCCACCUGGCACAGGGAAGACUUCCUUGGCUCGAUUGUGUGCCAAUGAUGCUGGCGUCAAUCUCUUCUCCGUAAAUGGACCAGAAUUUAUCAGUCAGUUCUAUGGUGAAAGCGAGCAAGCAUUGCAUGCAGUCUUUGAUUCAGCUAGCAAUGCUGCACCUGCUGUGGUAUUCAUAGAUGAAUUGGAUGCCAUUGCACCAUCACGAAAAGAAGGUGGUGAAGAGCUUUCCGAAAGAAUUGUGGCAACACUACUCAAUUUGAUGGAUGGUAUUAGCAGAACUGAAGGCCUACUUGUUAUAGCUGCAACCAAUAGGCCUGACAGUAUCGAGCCAGCACUCAGACGUCCCGGAAGACUCGACAGGGAAAUUGAAAUAAGCGUGCCAUCUCCGUUUCAACGUUAUGAUAUAUUACUUGCCCUGCUCAAUGAAAAAGAACACCAUCUUUCAGAUACGGAAAUUCAUCAUGUGGCUAUGACUACUCAUGGGUUUGUGGGCGCUGAUCUCGCUUCCCUCUGCAACGAAGCUGCCUUUGUUUGUCUUAGGCGUUGCAUUGGCGAGCUUGGUGAUGAAUUAUUGUGCUACCAAUCAUCUGUGUCUUACAACAAGCAUCCUGAUGAUAAUAUGAAAGCUUCGUCGUGUUCAGAUAAUAUGAAGGAUUUGUAUUCUGGGAAUAACUUGGAGUACUCGUCUUUAUCUAAUUCAGAGCUACAUUUAGGAAGUGUUGAAAGUGAUAGGAUGGCGAAAAACUUGAGCGUGUCUCUUGAGGAUUUCGAGAAGGCAAGAAUUAAAGUGAGACCAAGCGCCAUGAGAGAGGUGAUACUUGAGGUUCCGAAGGUUAGCUGGAAAGACGUUGGUGGUCAAGAGGAGGUCAAAAUGCAGUUGAUGGAAGCCGUAGAAUGGCCUCAAAAGCACCAGGAUGCUUUCAAACGAAUUGGUACUCGUCCACCAACUGGGGUUUUGUUGUUUGGUCCCCCGGGGUGCAGCAAAACCCUUUUGGCUCGUGCGGUGGCAUCUGAGGCCAAACUGAAUUUUCUUGCAGUGAAGGGACCAGAACUUUUCAGCAAAUGGGUCGGCGAAUCAGAAAAGGCUGUAAGGUCUCUGUUUGCAAAGGCAAGGGCUAAUGCUCCUUCAAUUGUAUUUUUUGACGAAUUAGAUGGUCUUGCCAACAUCCGUGGAAAGGAAAAUGAUGGGGUUUCGGUCUCUGAUCGUGUUAUAAGUCAGCUUCUUGUUGAAUUAGACGGUUUGAGCCAGAGAGUUAAUGUCACAGUUAUUGCUGCCACAAACCGACCAGAUAAAAUCGACUCUGCCCUUAUGAGACCAGGACGGUUUGAUAGGCUCGUGUAUGUGGGCCCACCAAAUGAAAAAGACCGUGAGGAGAUAUUCUGUAUCCAUUUGAGUAAAAUGACUUGCAGUUCCGAUGUAUGCAUUAAGGAGUUAGCUCUUCUUUCUGAAGGCUGUACUGGGGCUGACAUUUCUUUAAUAUGUCGGGAAGCGGCUGUUGCAGCUAUCGAGGAGAAACUUGAUGCUUCGGAAGUAACAAUGAAGCAUUUAAGAUCUGCGAUUGAACAAGUGCAGCCAUCGGAUGUAGAUUCUUAUCAGGAAUUGACGGAAAAAUUUCAGAGACUUGUGUCCGUGGCUACCCCGAAUGAUGAUUCGAGCACAUGAAUUGAUGAAGUUGGUUACCUUUUCCUGGAGCAUUUUGAAAUCGAUUGCAUAGCGUAAAUCUCAUGCUCCGAUAUCAUUUUCAUAGAGAGAUUUUCAGACCAUCUUCGCUUUCUAGUUGGAACCACCACCCAACUUGUUUUCGAACCUCCAUAAUCCGAAACUACUUAAACUUGGCUGCUCGCUCACCGAAUAGAUUCUGCAUGGAAAUUAACCAACUUCUCGCCAUACCAUCGGAAAUGGUUUGCCCGUGAAGAUGUGAUUAUACUUGAUUUAUUUUGUGUUUUUGGUUUCCCAAAUGAAGGUUAGAUUUAGGUGUAAGAAAAUUUACUUCCACCCCAAUUUGAAUGGCGGAAUUUAGCUGUUACUUGCUAGCCGUUUUGUGUAUAAAUGUGAUAACCGGGUUAUUCAGAUUAUAAGUUUGGGGUGGUUUUUGAAAAGUAUGGAUAAAUUAAGGGGUUAAAUGUGU